GUCUUGAGGUCUUUCAACAGUUCUUAGAUGACUAUAGUCAAAGUUGUCAAGUAACUCGAGCGAGGCGACACAUUCCUACCGGUUAUUGGACCUUAUACUCUCCGGGUCAACAGUCCAUUAGGGUUAACCUUAGCCUAGUGCAUGAUGUUGGGUGUCAAAAAGCAGCAGACGGAUCUGAACAGAUCCACCAAUGUAGUGUUUCAGGCCCACCAUGUGACCCGGAGCAAGAGAGGUCAGGUGGUGGGCACUAGAGGAGGCUUCAGGGGUUGCACCAUCUGGCUCACAGGUUUGUCUGGUGCUGGAAAGACCACCAUAGCCUUUGCCCUGGAGGAGUAUCUGGUGUCCCACGGCAUCCCCUGCUACUCACUGGAUGGGGACAACAUCCGCCAUGGCCUCAACAAGAACCUGGGCUUCACAGCCACUGACCGUGAGGAGAACAUCAGACGUAUUGCUGAGGUGGCCAAGUUGUUCGCAGACGCUGGCCUCGUCUGCAUCACCAGCUUCAUCUCUCCUUACACCAAGGAUCGUGAUGAUGCGAGGAAGAUCCUUGAGAGUGCUGGGUUACCCUUCUUUGAGGUGUUCAUCAACGCUCCUCUAGAGGUGUGUGAGAGUCGCGAUGUGAAGGGCCUCUACAAGAAAGCCCGUGCUGGAGAGAUCAAAGGCUUCACUGGGAUCGAUGCAGACUACGAGCAGCCCGAGGCUCCGGAGUUGGUGCUGAAAACAGGAGAGGUCACCGUUAACGAGUGCAUUCGGCAGGUUGUAGACCUGCUUAGAGAGCAGAGUAUUGUUCCAAGUGGAAUCACAGAGGAGGUGAAUGAACUUUUUGUUCCUGAGAACAAGCUGAAGUUAGUUCAGGUCGACGCUAUCACACUUCCCACAAUCAGCAUCACCAAGUUGGACCUCCAGUGGGUGCAGGUGCUGGCUGAAGGCUGGGCCACCCCACUGAAGGGCUUCAUGAGGGAGAGGGAGUUCCUCCAGGUGCAACAUUUCGGCAACCUCCUCGACGAUGGAACCAUCAACCAGUCUAUUCCCAUUGUCCUGCCUGUUACCACGGAAACCAAGCAGAGGCUGGACGGCUGUGCGGCGGUAGCUCUGGAGUUCCAGGGAACCCUUGUGGCCAUUCUAAGCCAGCCAGAGUUCUACGAACACCGCAAAGAGGAGCGCUGUGCCCGUCAGUGGGGUACCACCUGCCCCCAGCACCCCUACAUUAAGAUGGUGAUGGAGGGAGGUGAUUGGCUGGUGGGUGGCGACCUGGAGGUGCUAGACCGAAUCAGAUGGAACGAUGGGCUGGACCAGUACCGCUUUACUCCACGGGAGCUCAAGCAGAAGUUUAAAGAAAUGAAAGCAGAUGCCAUCUUCGCCUUCCAACUGCGGAAUCCGGUCCACAAUGGCCACGCCCUGUUGAUGCAGGACACCAAGCGCCGCCUUCUGGAGCGGGGCUACAAGCGACCCGUCCUCUUGCUGCACCCGCUGGGGGGCUGGACCAAAGACGACGACGUGCCCCUGGACUGGCGCAUGAAACAGCACGCUGCAGUACUGGAGGAGGGGGUACUGGACCCCACCAGCACCAUAGUGGCUAUUUUCCCAUCCCCCAUGAUGUACGCUGGACCCACUGAGGUCCAGUGGCACUGCAGAGCGCGGAUGAUCGCCGGAGCUAACUUCUACAUUGUGGGUCGUGACCCAGCGGGCAUGCCCCAUCCCGAGACCAAGCAGGACAUUUAUGAGCCCACCCAUGGGGGAAAGGUCCUCACCAUGGCCCCCGGCCUCACCUCUGUAGAGAUCAUCCCCUUCAGAGUGGCCGCCUACAACAAGACCAAGAGGGCCAUGGAUUUCUACGACAAGGACCGACACGCUGAGUUUGAGUUCAUCUCUGGCACAAGGAUGAGAAAGCUGGCACGGUGCGGGGAGAACCCCCCAGACGGCUUCAUGGCCCCCAAGGCCUGGAAGGUCCUGACUGAGUACUACAGCUCUAUACAGAAGGACCAGUAACUCAAAGACCAGAGCUCUUAGAAGAGCAACAACUCUAGUCCUCAAGGAAUGUUCUAGUUUGAUGUUGUUAUGUGUUUCAUUUCAUUAUCCCAGUAGAUGAUUCAGUGAGUAAGGAAUCCAUUAAUGACUGAAAUCAAGUGAGACCAAGCAGUCCUGGAGGAUUGGAGUUGUGUGCCUAUCUUCAUUGAAGGAAAACCCAUGUGAUGUCAGAGGAGCUAGUGGUUGGGUUUAAGCAGUGAAAACAUUCCUAUGUUUGUCUAUGUAUCUGUAAAUCAUUAUAUUUAAAGAAAAGGUAUACAUAUAUGAGAUAUAUUAUGAUCAUCAAUAACUCUUGUAUGAAAGUUGUAAGCCAACUGGAAAGUCUAUGCGAAGAUUCAAAAUGUCAGUGGAGAAAUUGUGUGAAGAAUGACAUUUUAUAGAAGAAUGACAUUUUAUAGAAAAAAUCAUUAAAACUCUAUUGCCUCAAACCAGAGAACUGUCUCAAAUUGAAUACUGUAUAAACAAUGUAUAUGUCCAUACAUGAAUGUAUCAGACAAGAUUUUAAAUAAAUAUUUUCUUCUCAACAAAAUCA